UACUUAAAGAAGUUGCAACCAUUAGUCAAUAAAUCAUUUUUGCCAUCUCUAAAACUCACAGUUUGUCUUGUUUCUAUUGACAUUGUUGUGAGCAAUGACGCCUUCACUCUUUUCUUUGCUUUUCACGUUACUUCUUACCACAAUUUUCUAUGAGAUCAAUGUGGUUUUGGUUUCUGGUCACUGUCAAAGCUACCAGAAAGAAUUGCUCCUUCAAUUGAAGAACAAGCUCGUCUUCUAUUCCUCUUCAUCUCUGAAACUGGUGAAGUGGAAUCAAAGCCUAGAUUGCUGCAUGUGGAAAGGUGUAACAUGUGAUGUCAGAGGUCGUGUUAUCGAUCUUGAUUUGAGCAAUGAAUGGAUUUUUGAUGGAAUUGACGAUUCAAGCAAUCUCUUCAAUCUCCAGCAUCUCCAGAGUCUAAAUUUGGCAAACAACGACUUCAACUCCAACUUUCCUUCCGGGUUUGAUAAACUUUUAAACUUGAGGCAUCUUAAUCUCUCAAAUGCUGGCUUCACAGGGCAAAUUCCAGUUGAGAUUUCAAGGAUGAAGAGCUUGGUUACUCUUGAUUUAUCUGUAGAUGCCGAUUUCUAUCUUGGAUUGAAACUAGAGAAACCAAAUCUAGUUAUACUUGUUCAGAAUCUCAAGGAGCUAAGGCAUCUCCAUCUUGAUGGGGUAAAUAUAUUAGCACAGGGGAAGGAGUGGUGCCAAACGUUGUCCUCUUUGGCUAGCUUGCAAGUAUUGAGCAUGUCAAACUGUAAUCUUUCAGGCCCCAUAGAUUCUUCCCUUUCCAAGCUUCAGUCUCUUUCAGUAAUUCGUUUAGAUGGAAAUAAUCUGUCUGGUCAAUUUCCAGAGAAAAUCUUCCAGGUAUGUGCACUAAAGACUCUUGACUUAUCGGGCAACCUACUUCUUGAAGGAUCUCUCAAAGAAUUUCUUCCUGCUUCAUCGCUUGAGACUUUGAUGCUUAGUAGAACAAGUUUUGGGGGGACUUUACCUGAAUCUAUUGGAAACCUGGGGAGGCUGUCAAGGAUAGAGCUUGCAAGUUGCCAUUUUAGUGGAUCGAUUCCCAAAACGAUGGCAAAUCUCCCACAACUUGUCUCUUUGGAUUUGUCAUCCAACAAUUUUUCUAGUCCAAUCCCAUCUUUUUCAUUUGUAAAAAGUCUUACUCAACUAAACCUUGCCCAUAAUUCCUUGACUGGCUCUAUUCUCUCCACUGAAUGGUCAGGCCUUUCCCAGCUCGUGAGUAUUAAUUUGAGAGACAACGCACUAAGUGGAGCUCUCCCUGCAACUUUGUUUGGCAUUCCAUCUUUGCAAAGUUUAGUACUCUCACAAAAUCAGUUCAUUGGUGGAUUGCAUGAACCCCCAAAACUAGCUUCCUCUUCACUACACUCCCUUGAGUUGGAUAGCAAUAUGUUGGAUGGACCUUUCCCAAUGUUUGUGUUUAGACUUCAAAGCCUCCGAGUCCUCAUCCUUGCUUUCAAUAAUUUCAGUGGUCCAUUAAAUUUCAGUUCCGUUCUGAACCUCAGGGAUCUUUCUACUCUUGAUCUCUCAUUCAACAGCUUGUCCAUCAAUGCAAACAUUUCUAAUCAUUCUUCUUUUCCUCAGAUUCACACAUUAAAAUUAGCUUCUUGCAAGCUGAAAAGAUUCCCAAAUUUCUUGAAGGAGCAAUCCAAACUAUCAAUUUUAGAUCUUUCAACCAACCAGAUUAAUGAGGAAAUACCCAAUUGGGUUUGGAACGCUCAAUCUCUUAGUUACUUAAAUCUUUCUCACAACUUUCUGGUGAAUUUGCGAGGACCUCUUCAGCUUUCCGAAGUUUUUUUGUCUGUCUUAGACCUUCGUGGCAACAAAUUGCAAGGUCCACUACCGCAGCUUUCACCAUUUAUGGCAUAUGUAGAUUACUCGAACAAUAAUUUUAGCUCUAUUAUACAAUUCGAUGAUGGUAACUUACUCCUCAGAUUCGCUCACCUCUCCCUUAGCUCUCCUUCCUUGAUCUUUCUCUCCAACAACAGCCUCCGGGGAAGUAUUCCUGAAUCAAUUUGCAAUGCUAUAAAUCUUGAAAUGCUUGAUCUGUCAAAUAACUAUUUGAGUGGCAUUAUUCCUCAAUGCUUAACUAGGAUGAAGUCUCUUAAGGUGUUGGACCUUAGUAGAAAUAACCUCAGUGGCAGCAUCUCUGGUAAAUUUUCAAGUAACUGUUUGUUACAAACACUAAACCUCAAUGGAAACCACUUAAAAGGGAAGGUUCCUAAAUCCUUGGCUAACUGUGCAGGCUUGGAGGUUUUAAACCUCGGAAACAACCAGAUCAACGAUACCUUUCCUUGCCAUUUGAAGAACAUAUCUAAAUUGCAAGUCUUGGUAUUAAGGCAGAACAACUUUCAUGGGCUAAUUAGUUGCCCAAAUGACAAUUCCUCUUGGCCACAGCUUCAAAUUAUCGAUCUUGCUUCCAAUCAUUUUAGGGGAGAACUACCCUGUCACUGGUUACAAACCUGGAAGGCAAUGAUGGUUGCCUCAGAUGAGUUCAAGAUCCUUGUUCUUAAGGAUGAUUUUGAAGUUAAUUUUGAAUUUAACAACUAUGAAAUGUAUCCAACAUUGUGGCCUAAUGCAAGCGCAACGAAUACUACAUUGCCUCUUAUUAUAAGAAGUACCCUUCACAAAAAAGAGUUGGAGGGCACCAAUAUCUCUCAAGGAAUCUAUUAUCAAGAUGCAGUGACCCUUACCAUUAAAGGUUUUGAGAGAAAAUUGAUGAAAAUCUCAAGUCCCUUUACCUCCAUUGACUUUUCAUGCAACAAGUUUGCAGGGCAAAUACCAGAGGUUUUGGGGGAGUUUAAGGUACUUUAUGCCCUCAACUUGUCACAUAAUGGUUUCACAGGUCUAAUCCCUUCAUCACUAGGAAACUUGCAACAUCUUGAAUCUUUGGACCUUUCCAGUAACAGCCUAAGUGGUCAAAUUCCUCAACAUCUAGGGGAUCUUCAUUUCCUUGCAGUCCUUAACCUUUCACACAAUCAACUCGAAGGAGGAAUCCCAAUUGGAAGUCAAUUUCAAACAUUUUCAGAAGAUUCCUUUAAAGAUAACAAAGGAUUAUGUGGAAUGCCCUUGAAGGAAAAUUGCAGUGUUAAUGGAUUGCCACCAUCCAAAGAUAAGCAUUCAGAUGAUGGAACCCAUAUUGACUGGAAUUUCCUAAGCAUUGAAUUGGGAUUUGUUUUUGGCUUAGGAAUUGUCAUUCUACCACUUAUGUUAUACAAGAGAUGGAGGGUGUGGUAUUGCAAACAUAUUGAUGGUCUUCUUUCUAGGUUCUUCCCUCUAUUGAAUCAAAGAAGUAGAAGUCGUGGAAGGAGAGCUCCUAGGAGCACCAAAACACAGUUGAGGAACAAGCAACGGUGAGGACCAUUGCGAGCACUAUUCUUUAAACUUUAAUCUCUGUACCAUAUGCCUACACUUUUCAAUAUCAAUACUUGUCCUUGUUACAAAAUCGCUUGUGAUUUAUGUUUUGCUUUGUAUCCAUGUGUUGUAUUAUUAUGUGUUAAAAACUAUUUUAAUAUUUGGUAAUUAUUUUAUUAAUAGUAAAUGUGUUAUUAUUAA